ACAAAAAACGUGCCCAACACAGCCCUCCACUCCACUCCACUCCACCCGCAAAACACAUCUGAAACCUUCCUUUCACCUGACCCCUCUCAACCCAAUUCCAUUCCUUUCCCCUCACACAAUAUAACUCCGUUUCCCCUUCCACUCUCCCCCUCCUCGCCCCCGCCUUUUCUUCUUGCCUCACCAGGGGUCGAGGUCGAGCAGUUUGCAGCUAGAAAUUUCCCACCUAUCAGAUGCUCGAUUCGUCACCUAUGGACGAAGACGACCGGCCGCUCAUCGGGUUCCCUCUGGGUCUGGCUCUGCUCCUGCUCACUCUGUUUUCCAUGAGCGCCGUCUUCAUCUGCUGCCUCCACUGGGACAGGCUCCGUUCCUUUUGGGACGUUCCCGAUGAUGAUGGGAUCCAUCGAGAAACCGAUCAUUUGCCUCCUCAUAAAUCUUCGCCUCUUCAACUGGAAGCGAGCAAGAAUCGAGGGGAGAGCCUGCCGGUGUUGAUGCCAGGAGAGCAAGUGCCGAGAUUCAUAGCCAUGGCCUGCCCCUGCCAGCCGCCGGUUCUGGAGACGAUUAAAGUGGAUGUUCAGAAGCCGAUCAGCACUUUUCCCGUCCCUCCUCUGUUUUAGUAUCUUUGUUGAUUUUAUAUGGGUUUCUUUGUAUAAAUCUCGAGUGGUACCAACAACAUAUAACUACUAUCUAUAUGUACAUAUAUGUAUGAUUUUUGGCAUUCAAUUUGACUCUCAGCUUCGUAUUCGAAGACCCCGUAAGAAAAGCAAAUGGCAAAUGAAGCCUUGAAACUUCCGCCGGAGCGUUUACAGUUGCAAAUUCCGGCCAGCUGCCGUUCACAGAUUCAGGACACGAGACUUUCCGUUACUAUCUCAUUAUUUCAUUUCCAACCAUCCAUUUUUAUGUUUUGAAACCGAUGUCUUGAAGCUCAUAAAUCAUAAUGUUCUGA